AUGGUUUACACACCUUCACAAAACAAUUCGCCACUUUACGUAAACGACGUAAAUUCGUCAACAUCUUACCAAAGUAGUGAAAGUGGAUUUAAUAGUAGUUCUCAAUGGUUACGGAGACGUUUCGAGCAAAGCCAGGAAAUUUCUUCCGCGUCUGAAGUUGGGGAUCAGUUUUCUCCGUUACUAUUGCGUGGAAAAAGUGGCAAUAAGUUAACUUUAGGAGCGCGAUCUACAGGGUUACAACCUUUUAAUACUUUAAGUCCUGUUCAAAAGCAACAUUUGCCUACGCCAACUUCACCAACUUCACCAACUUCUCCGGCAUACUCACAAUUACAAGGAUUGAUUAGAGAACAAUCAAAUCAAUCACAAUUCCAACCUAGCAGUACUCAGGGCAUUGCCCAACAGGAUAAUACUAAUAGACUUAUGUCCUUUGUAUCGACACCUCAGAAUGCAACGCCAUUUUUUCAAUCAAAUAUUGCGCCGAUAAAUGUACCAACCUAUACUGGUUCUGUUAGGACUUCCGAUACGACAUUCGGUGUUAGUAUAUUAGGUAAUCGAUUUGAAGGACAACCAAUAUAUUUAAGUGAGCAAAAUAUAAUUGGACAUGAUAUGUCAGGUAUGAAGGCACGAAUAGCCGAUACACCUCUUGUUCAAUCAACACCCGCACCUAAACCAAGACAGCAACAGACGUCAUCUCCUCAUAAAGUAGAGGAUGUACCUUAUCUUGCUCGUCUUCUAAUUGUUGAGCAAGAAUUACCAAAGAAUGAAUUUGAAGUAGAAAAAAGAUAUUUGUUAUUUGUUAUGCCCGUAUAUUUCAUAUAUAGAGUAUUUUAUGUAAAUAUUCAAUGGAAUAAAAAGAAGAAACAGAUUAAUCAGAUUAGAGAACAAUUAAUGAAAGAAUUGGAACAAAAUAGUUCAUAUGAUCCUUCAUGUUACACAAUUAGCCCUUCACGCCCUUCAAGAAGCAUAGAUACACCAACAACAAGUACUGUCGUCGUAUCAUCAAUUCCUACACAAUCUACAAUAUUUCCUUCUUCAAUGAGCUUACCUUACACCGGCAUCUCAACUUCAACGAUUAUUCCUUCUGCAUCUUCAUCGAAUUCAUUCAUCAAUGCUUGGGGUUCUGGUGGAACACCUUUUCCACAGCGAAUUCCUCCUACGACGAAGUAUCGUCAAGCAACAUAUGUAACUCCGUCGAAGAUUGAUGAAAAUGUGAUUACCGUUGGCAACGUUUUAGCUCGAUUACAACCAAAUCCAAAGCCUACUGAUAGAGAAACCUAA